AUGAAGUCCACAAUAACUCUUCUCCUCUGCAUAGCAUCAACUUUAUCAGCUUCACCUGUAAUGACACGGGAAAGCCUCCUCCGCCAAGCAAACAAAGAACAAUUCUGCUCAAACCUGAUGCAUUUCAACAACUACUUCUAUUCCCGAGAAGAACAAAAUAACCUAACCGGUACUCCAGCCGACUUAAGCAUACAUUGGAAAACUGGAAACGUAUUCUAUACCCUAAUAAGUGAUGAGAUGAAAAUGAGCUUACAAGUUCUUCAUCCCAGUCACGAAUCCGAGACAAUCAAAGUGGCCGGCCUCGGUCAGUCGUCGUGCGUUGAUAACCUCAACGAUAUAGUGUACCUAGCUACUGAUAAUGGUGUAUAUAAAUACAAAGAUGAUGGUUCAAUAGAACUCUAUACAGCAUUGGGUGAAGAUGUGAUGUAUAUAGCUGUUACGAAUGACGGGACGACGAUGUACAUCGCCACUUGGCCGCAGAACAGAGUUCAUAGAAUAACAAAUGACGGUCAGAGACAAGAAACCUUUAUGCCGAUUCCAAACGGACACGGAUUAACCAUAGAUACGAGGAACAACAUGUAUUUCGUCGCUACAAAAACGUCGUACGUUCUAAAGAACGGGCAGACUGUGCCCAUUAAAAUUAAAGGACUGCCGAGUGAUAGAAUGACUGGUGUUUUCGUCAGCCGGUCAGAUGAAGUGUUCGCUAUGGAUGAGAAUAGUAAUUUCUAUAGAAUCGACGCAGAGAACGCAAGCGCAAUGCAUCUCGGUACAUUUAAUGUUUCUGGUGUUAAUACGUUUGGAUUGGACUCGGCAGAUAAUGUGUAUAUUGGAGUGAAAGGAGGAAUUAUUAAAUUCACAGCCCAUGAAACAAGUCCGUGCACGGAGUUUGAAAAGUAA